CGCGAAGGUACCAACACUAUAUUCAUCACGCGUUCGCGGCUACAGCAUGUUUGACAACAUAUAAGUCGUCAAAAUGUGCCCUGAAAUCGGGAUGUAAUGAUGGUAGACUCAUGAUGUUUCGCGCUCUCCUUGUGGUUGUUGCCUCUCUCAACAUAGUUACUGCAGAGAAUGGUCUUAAUGCUUGGUUACGCUAUGCUCCCCUCCAAAAUGUCAACAGUCAUCACUUAACACUUCCUUCCACUAUUAUUGCUCUCAAUACUUCCAAAGCUAGUUCCGUUUACACUGCCGGCUUGGAACUGCAAAAAGGACUUCAGGGAAUUUUCAGCCAGGUGGUCAAGAUCAGUAACUACACACACAAAACAUCUUCAGCUUUGAUUGUUGGCACUGUCGAUGAUUAUUCCAAAAUCUACGGAGACGGCGAUGAUGCUCCUGAUCUGGAUGAGGACGGGUUCUGGCUCAACACCAAGGGCGACACCAUCAAGAUUCUGGGUCAAAAUGAGAGAGGAGCACUGUAUGGCGCAUUCGAGUACCUCUCCAUGCUUGCUCAAGGAGAUUUCUCUGGCAUCUCCUCCGUCAACAACCCGAACCAACCAAUUCGAUGGGUCAAUCAGUGGGACAACAUGGACGGUAGCAUUGAACGUGGCUACGGUGGUCCCUCUCUCUUCUUCAAGAAUGGAGGCAUCGUCGACGACCUGACCCGAGUCUCCGAAUAUGGACGCCUGUUGGCAUCCAUCCGUGUAAACGGGAUUAUUAUCAAUAACGUCAACGCAAACGCCACUCUUCUGAGUCCCCAAAACAUCCAAGGACUGGGAAGAAUUGCAGAUGUUUUCCGGCCGUACGGUAUUCAAGUCGGAAUCUCGCUCAACUUUGCAUCUCCCACUGCCGUCGGAGGUCUCACGACAUUCGACCCCCUCGAUUCGGGUGUUAUUUCCUUCUGGACCAAUAUCACCGAUCAGAUUUACAAACGGAUCCCCGACUUUGCAGGAUAUCUGGUCAAAGCCAAUUCUGAAGGUCAGCCGGGUCCCUUGACAUACAAUCGGACUCUUGCAGAAGGAGCCAACAUGUUUGCCAAAAUACUUGACCCAUACAGCGGAGUGGUCAUGUUCAGAGCGUUCGUGUACAAUCAGCUCAAUGAAUCGGACUGGAAAGCUGAUCGCGCCAACGCCGCUGUGCAAUUCUUUGAGCCGCUGGAUGGAAAGUUCGCAGACAAUGUAGUUGUCCAAAUAAAAUACGGUCCCAUCGAUUUCCAAGUUCGGGAACCUGUCUCUCCAUUGUUUGCCAACCUGCGAAAUACCAGCACUGCUGUCGAGCUUCAAGUUGCUCAAGAGUACCUUGGCCAGCAAUGUCAUCUCGUCUAUCUAGCCCCGCUCUGGAAGACGAUCCUUGAUUUUGAUCUCCGCGUCGACAGGAAGGCCUCGAAGGUCAGCGAUAUCAUCUCCAGAGAGCGCUUCAACCGGCCUCUUGGAGGAUCAGCGGCUGUCGUGAAUGCAGGGACAAACACAACUUGGCUCGGAAGCCACAUGGCGAUGUCGAAUCUGUAUGCCUACGGACGCCUAGCCUGGGAUCCCUCAGACGAGCCUGAAGACAUUUUGCAAGACUGGAUCCGGCUCACCUUCGGCCUUGACCCAAAAGUCAGGGACACCAUAACCAAAAUGUCCAUGCAGUCAUGGCCAGCCUACGAGCAAUAUAGCGGCAAUCUUGGCCUCCAGACCUUGACAGAUAUUACGGGGAAUCAUUUCGGUCCCAAGCCUCAAUCGCAAGACGACAACGGUUGGGGUCAAUGGACUCGCGCUGAUCACACGACGAUCGGCAUGGACCGCACAGUAGCGAAUGGGACUGGCUUCUCCGGCACCUAUCCUCCUGAAAUCGCCAACAUGUACGAAAACAUCGCUACCACUCCCGACAAUCUCCUCUUGUGGUUCCACCACGUUAAUUACACCCACGUCCUCCACUCCGGUAAAACAGUCAUCCAAUAUUUCUACGACGCGCAUUACAGCGGUGCAGAGAUAGAGCAGACCUUCGUUAAGAUGUGGGAAUCGCUGAAAGGCAAGAUCGACGACGAGAGAUACGAGCAUGUCCUUUAUCGGCAGACUUUCCAAGCAGGACAUUCCAUCACUUGGAGAGACGCCAUCAACAAUUUCUACUGGAAUCUUUCUGGGAUACCUGAUGAGGCGAAAAGGGUUGGACAUCAUCCGUGGAGGGUUGAGGUUGAGAGUAUGGUGUUGGAUGGGUACACGGUUGUUCCUGUAACGCCGUUCGAAACGGCUUCGAAUUACACGGCGGUUAUUACGAGCUCGAAUACUACUGCUGGGAUUGCGACUAUGAAGCUUGAGUUUGCUUCGGGCACGUAUGAUUUGGCGGUCAAUUACUUCGAUGUCAUUGGUGGCAGGGCGCAUUGGCAGGUAUACUUAAAUGACAAGUCGGUUGGAGAAUGGAUUGGGAAUCACGAGGAUACACUUGGGCAUGCGGUAUCUGUCAAUUUGGAUGGGCAUACUGCGAGCCGGAUUACCUUCAAGGGAAUCAAGAUCGCGAAGGGUGAUAUGCUGAAGAUUGUGGGAACACCGAAUGGGACGGAGAGAGCGCCACUGGAUUAUGUGGCUGUGCUUCCAGCUGGUGUCAUUGAUUAAAAGUUCCGUCGGGAGUGAGAAAGCGCGAGAAAAGUAUUUUUCGAGAUUAAAAUAGAUUCGCGAAUAUAGGUGAUAAAUAUUGGAAGCUGGAAGUGGCCGGGUGACUGUGUGGC